GGAUCCACAUGAUGGGAAAAGAGCUGUGGUGGGGUUGCAGUUCGACAAGAAAACACCAAUACCAAAAGGCGGAACCUGGUUUCUACUCCAGGUUGGUUCGCCCAGCGCUUCGGGUACAAAAACCACGAGAAAACGGUCAUGAAGGACGCGAGGAAGGGAAGAGGAGAAAGCAGUGGCGCCUAUACGAGCCGGGCGUCUCAGCAAAGUCCUCAGCCGCGGCCAAGGGUGGUGGCGGUAGUGGCGAUGUCGAAAUGAGAGACGCACCCAACGAGGCGGCAUCGCCGGAGCCGUCGCCGGAGCCCAUGGAUAUCGAUGUGCUAGCUCGGCUCCAGGCGCCGAUCGGACGUUAAGAAUGCGAACGGUGGCGGCAAGGAGCAGACAACGGGGACACCAGCGGAUGCGACGCACCAAGCCGAAUACGGAUUCGCUCGCCAAGUCCUCAGGGAAGCCAGCAUCAGCUCCAGCUCCUUAAAUAUUAGGCCGUACGCGUGGCCCUGAAGCAGAUGAUGGCGUCUCUAAGGGCAGUCACAUUUUCUUGACGGACAACAUUAGCCCGCUUCGGGCUGUCGCUGCGCAGAAGAAUGGUGGCGGCGGUGUUGGUACUGCCGAUGGAACGAGCAGGUCUCUGUCGCCCAUAGGCCCGGCGAAACCUGCACAGGGGCAACAACCGCCGCAAAUGUUCGCGUCUGAGUCGCUAAAGCACCACUCACCCAGCCGGGCCCCUGCUCGGGUCCCAACAAACGCAGGCUCACGGUGCUUGAGGCGUCAACUGGUAGCUCAAUUGCCGGAAAUCCAUGUCUGGCUGUUGCGGGAGGUACUCUGAAGCAAGAUUGAUCGGAGGCCGAGGAGCAGGCGCACCAGUAAAGAGCGGUGUUCCCGGGCGUUUGGCUCGGGCGUGGGCAUGUUUUCGGCUGGGGCUCACUUUAUGCUGCGAUAAGGGCGCGCUGUUCGCGGGCGAGGAUAAUGGUAUUCCCCUCCAGUCCGGGGUCCGUUAAUAGCGCCUGCUCGCUACUUAAAAGUAUCGGAGUUAGGUAACGCACUGCAGUCGGCCUUGCGCACGUGAACCUCUAACCCCCACCCCCAUUCGUUGGUUGGGCCUCCGAUUUUGCAAUUGUUUACCAUCCCACCACUGCGCGCAGCACAUCGCCUGUCGCCCAGUCUUUCCUGCCCAGGGGCCACGUCCUGAUAUUGGCCAAGGCACGCGCCCGCAUCGCGCUUGCCUUGCACAACUCGUCGGCACCUCCCAUUUCCCGGUGUCCCCUCGUCAAGGCCACGACCGCUGCCAAACGACCGGCGCCCCCAUUUCCCGGUAUCCCAUUCAAAGGCCGGGCGAGGUUCCUUCGAUUACAACCGACGGCUGGGGAAUUGAGCCAGAAGCCGAUAUUACAGUUUCAUGCAAUGGUAUAUUCAAAAGCUCAGAGGAAACGAGUAUACCUUUCUUGGAGGGCGGUUUUCUCGUCACACGGUCGUUAUUAUAUGCGGAACGCCAAAGCCAUCCGCAAGGUCGUUCAGCAGCAUCGGCCAGGUGCACUUUCGAACCAGCACCUUGUUAAGAUCUUGCAGUCACUACUGGAAGAUAAUAUAUUUAUCGGUCAAUAUUGGGCUCAGCAAGCCUUCCCCGAGCUAUUCCCCUCCGCGAAGGAAAAAUCGCCACCGCCGCAACUUCUCCACUCCCGCACCGAGGCCAGUCCACUUGCAACCAUGGCACCUCUCUAUUCCUCUCUGCGGGCCAUGGCAGACAUGGAGAAAUAUUCCGACCUUACGAUAACUUGUCAGGGCCGGGUCUUCCACGUCCACCGCAUCAUCCUCUGCUCUCAGUCCAAGUUUUUCGAAAAGGCUUGUGGAGGACCUUUCAAGGAGGCAUCCACCAACACGAUCGAUCUGCCGGAGGAUGAUCCGGACCUUAUCCAGAAGCUCCUCGACUUUGCUUACACCGGGGAUUACAACACCAGUGCAGUCCCGAUUGUGGAGGAAGACGACCCAUCGCAAAUCGACACGAGUAUGAUUCCAGAGGAAGAUGACUACCAUACGAAUUCCAGCGAUCGGCAUUAUAAUGCUAUAGGCGAGCCCCAAACUACCGACAAUACCUGCGCGGUCCUGUUCAGCGAGGCUAAGAUCUACAUCAUGGCGGACAAGUUUAUUGUUCCUGCGCUGAAGACGAUGAGCAUUGAUCGGUUUAAAAAAGCCGCCGAUCGCGCCAAUAGUCUUGACAGCUGGCAUUCUCGUGGCUUUCCCGCAGUCGUCGAAGAAGUUUACAGCUGUACGACUCGCUCUGAUCUGGCCUUGAAGGAGAUCCUGUGCCACCUACUCAUUACCAAGCGUACGGAUAAGGAGCUGUGGUCCUCAAUGCAGCCUGUCAUCCGACGUUAUGGAGAUUUCGCCGCAGGCGUCCUGAACUACUGGAACUACCAUACUACAGCGUCAAACACCUUCGGUUCCUAUAAGGCUCCUACUGCAGAAGAGUGGGCGCAGAGGGAGACUCAGUUCAUGAGCAUUGACGGUUAACGUGCUUCAGAUCCCGAAGACGGGCUUGCGAAAGCUGUGAAGGCUAAAGGGGUUUGCGGGGCCUGUAUUUACUAGGUUAGGCGGCGGUUGCAGAUUGCUAAUACGGGAGGGAAUCCGGAACCUUUCGCGUGGUAAGGCGGCCCCAGGUGGCAGAAUAGCACUUCCUAGCUUCGGAAUUGACCCAAAUCCCCAUCUAAAUAAGCAUAUCC